ACUACUGGCGUUUCAUACAUGGGGCCAAGAAGAAUGUUUUGAUCCUCGAUAUGGCAGAUUCAACUGAUGAUAGAGAAGGGAGCUCACAAAAAUAUGAUUUAAUUAGGACGAAACGUGUUUUUGAACUAGCUGUUGCUACAGUGAAAAAUAUGCCCCAAAAUGGGCCUUUCAAACCGUCGUAUGCGAUGAUGAGUACAUUCUACGGGUUGUACAAACAGGCAACUAUGGGACGAUGUUGUGUCAAAAAGCCGUCUAUAUUUUAUCCAGUUGAGAGAAGCAAAUGGGAAGCUUGGUCGUCAUUUGGGGACUUGUCUAAGGAGGAAGCAAUGGUGCAAUAUACUGAGGAGUUUGUUAAGGCUUUACUGGCUAAUUCACAGACUGCUACUAUUGAUCAAUUUUCAAAGACAUUACAUGAAGCACCAGAAACAGAUGAAUCAACACAAUUUAUAUCUGCAAUCAUGCCAUUUAUUGAAGCAAUUUCAACAAGGAUAAAUGGUGAAAAUACCAUAGGUGAUAACACAAGUGAUAACAGGGAUGAUAACAUAGGUGAUGUCACAGGUGAUGGCAGCGGUGACAUCGUAAGUGAAAGCACAGGUGAAGGCAAUGGUGACGAUAUAAGUGAUGGCAAAAGUGAUAGCAGGGAGGAUGAUUUAUGCAUUACCACAGGUGAUGAAAGGGGUGAUAGCAAAGGUCAUACCGAGCCUCAAAUUGUUGAGAUAGGUGACAUUACAAGUGAUAGUGAAAAUGACGACUUCUGUGAUACCUUCGACCAGGUUGAAGCAUCUGAUGAAGAGCAUAAUGGUGUUUCAUUACAGACCAAGGAUCCAUUAAUUGCUACUUAUAGACCAACUCAGCGAGUACUAAAACAAGUAGAAGUCACGUCGGCAGAGUGUUCAUCUAGUACUGUUGUGGAAGGAAGGUGUGGCCGUGGUAGAGAAACAAAGGGUUCUAGUAAUCAACAAAUACUUUUAGUUUUAGAAAACAUCCAACGUGAUAUGGCUGAAAUUAUUUCCAGGAUAACUUUAUUAGAAAAUCUUUUGAAAAGAAAUAUGGAAGCCACACUGAAUGGAAAAGGUUCAACAUCAUACAUUAGUAACCUGACUCCAAAGCAAAUGGCAGUGCACGCUUUCCUUAUAUGCGUCUGGCCAAUUGUCAUUCGUUGGUUCAUCAAAUAUAUAUGGUGCAAGAAUAAAGACUGAUCUUUGUAGAUAAAUAUUUAAUGUCAAUUAAUUUUAAUAAAGAAUAGAAUCUAAUUGUAAGUGCAAAAAUAAAGAAUUAUUCAAAACUCUCUUGAUAAAUAAAUAAUUAUGAAAUAAUGUUAAACUUAAGAAUAUAAUCUAAUGAUCUAAUGUCUAUUUUGUCCACACCUGGAUAAAUCAGUCGUCAUUGUUAUUUUAAAUAUUUUAAAAGCUAUGCUAGAUUCAAUAAAAAACUUUUUAUCGGUGUUGACACAUAAACGGCGAAAAAGAAACAAGAAAAAAGCCUUUGACUUCAUCAUAAUGUUGGCCUGGCACGAACGGUUCUAUUUUUCAUGGGUUUGGGGGGGUUGUCCAUUUUUUUUUUCAGGUACUACCAAGUACCAACAUCACUUCCGACUUGUGUGUUUUAAGCAUUAAAUCUUUCAUUAUUUUAUAAUGUUAUAAAUUUCUUAAUGAAUUUGAUGCAAGUGUAUGAAAUGUAAGAGCUAAGGCAGCAUUUGGUUAAACAUUAUGUUUUGUAAAUUAUAAAUCCUGUUUUGCCAAGCAUGUGGUAAUGGUAAUAACAAGAGUGUUGGAUGGGUGAGAGAAAUUGAUUGUAAAUAUAUGGAGUAAAUAAUUGUACAUGAACAGUAUGAAAUUGUAAUACUCAACUAUAACUCAUCCUGUGUAGACAUAGUUGGAAAAGACAAUAAAAUUAUAAAAGUACAGUACUUAAAA